AUGGAUGAACUGGGUAAGAAAAUAUGGAAAAAGUUGAGUACCCAAAUUACAGAAGAAUUCGAUUCUUCGAAUUCUACGAAGCAGAAGAAAAACCUGCAAGCAGUGGAACGAGGUAUUCGCUUCAAACAACGGAUUCUAAGUGCGUUGAGAGACGAAGGAGGAGAAGGAACAACUGACUGCAGUCGCGCGAACAUGAUCUGCACAAACUUCUACAACAGCCUGUACUCUUCCAAGUUAGGCGUGAGUCAAAAUUUGCCACACGUUAACCCAGAAGUCGUUCCCGAAAUCACCUUGGACGAAAUUCAGUGGGCAAUCAGAAGCAUUAAACAGGGCGAAUGUUCAAGCAAGGAUGCGCUUGCCAAACGUCUUACGGAUUAUAUCAAGCAGAACAGGACGCCUAAUGCGUGGAAGACAGCAAGAACGACUCUUCUCAUGAGAAAAGAUUCCGAAGACCUCAAAGAUGCCAAGUACAUUCCUGUCAAAAAUUUGAAAAGCCUUCACCCGCAUCGUUCUCAGCCGCAUUUGGAACGACCUCGAACAUUCACAAGUCAGGAACAAACCGGGUUUGGUAGAGGAUUUUCUAUCAUCGACCGUAUGCAUGUCGUCCAACAGCUGAUGGAGAAGUGUGACGAAUGUUCAACGCCAUUUUUCUUUGCUUUCGUCCACUGCAAGAAUGUGUUCGCCAACCUGAUCGAGGAACUGAACAAUGGUUUAAGGACUGAUGUGCAGCUGUUCAGCGAACCAUGUCGCAUCAGUAUCAACCGAGGAGUGCGCCAAGGAAAUACCAUCUCAGCAGCACUCUUAGCCGCGGCCAUGGAGUCACUCUUCAGUCCCCAUGUAUACCCUGGCCGUCAGACGGACCCGUCGCUAGACGGGGAAAUUAGCCAAAGAGGAAAGGCGGCAUGGGACAUCUUUAAUCGUAUUAAAGAGUCAUUGCUUGACGACAAGUUGCCUAUGCAGGCGAACAAACAACUGCUCGAUUCAACCGUGCGACCAACCAUGAUAUGCGGUGCUGAAUGCUGUUCUGCUACCAAAGUAGAGGAGAAGAAACUGGCGAUCACUCGAACGGUGAUUGAGUGA